UAAAGCACAGGUGGUGAGUUUAUCACACGGUUUAUUCCUCAUUAAAGCUAGAUAGAUUUAUUUCAGUGUUGUCUUACUGUAAAUUAACUGUCAGUAGAGUUUGUUUAAUGUAUUUAAACUCGCGCAGGUCGCAUUAAGCAAAUUAAGUAUAAUCAUGUCAUCAUCAUAAAUUAUAAUGUCAUUUUUGCUGUCGUUUGAGGAUUUUUUUAGUUUCUGUCCUCAGCGAUGGAAAACGACAAGUCGAUUCAUCAGAGAAGAUUUGAAGCAGCUGUCAAAGUGAUGAGGACUUUUCCUGCAGAUGGUGCCUUUGUGCCGUCUGAUGACAUGCUGAUAAGGUUUUACACCUACCACAAACAAGCCACAGUCGGAGCCUGCAACACCACCGGACCCUGCGGCCGAGAUGCCCUGAGUAAAGCCAAGUGGGAGGCCUGGAAAGUGUUAGGUAACAUGUCCAAGGAAGAAGCCAUGAAGGCGUACAUUGAGGAGAUUCUGCUGAUUUUGGAGAUGAUUCCCGUGACUGAGGAGGUGUCCGAGCUGCUGGACGUGCUCGAACCGUUUUACGAAGUGGUGGAGGACGAGGACGAAGAUAAUGACAUGACCAGCAAACCUGUGACAUCGGUGUUCUCAGGAAGCAGUGACAAACGGAGAGGAAGUUCCGUAGAAGAUGUAGAUGAUGACAUGGAGGAGGACGGCGAUGCUGAAGAUGUGACGGGGCUAAGGGUAGCUAACAGAGCUGAGAGAGGAGGAUCUCCGGGAUGUAACGGCAGUGUCUCCUCUCUCACUAAAAGCACACACAGCUCCCUAAAUACGGACGACGAAGAGGAGGAGCUGGAGUGCAGCUGCGAGACAAGCCGCGAGACGAGCCACAAGAUGAGUCGCAAGACGAACCGCGAGACUCCAGAUUGCUUUCUUCAACUCCUCACUGAUGAUUGCCUUACAGAUGGCAGUGAUGUCAGUGAGCCGGAACAGACGAGCGAGGUGUAUGAUGACUCUGUGAGAGCUAAAGAGGGUUCAGGAGGCCUCAGAGCAGCUGCAGCUCAAGCCAAAAAGCCGGAGGGGCGAGGGGGAAACACAGAGGAUGAGGGUGUGAGUCAGGAUGGAAAACCACAGGGAGCAGCACUUCCCCCCCUCUGCACAGCGGCACAUGGACCGGUCCAAUCUGUCAUCCUGUCAGCUGGGGGAGGAAGAGGCGAGAGAUUUACUUUAAUAUCCGGGUGUAAGUUAGGAGGAGAGUCUGUCGCUCCUUCCAGUAAUAUCAUGGCACUGCUGAAUAAUGGUAGAGACAUCGAGCGUGUGGUGAUAGAUCCGGUGAACACACAGAUUGUUGUGGCUUUGUCACGGCUACAGGACGACAUGCGGAGCGUGUUAGCGAGGCUGAACACACUGGAGGCUCGGGCUGUGUUUCAGGUUGAAAGGAUUGCUCUCCGCUCUGAGCCUCAUUUAGUUCUGGUUAACAAGCUACUUCCCAUGUGUCCAUCAGUCAUCUCCCAAAUCUCAGUGGCAUUUCUACUCGUCUGGCCUUUUGUAGCGCACUUCUUAGCUCAGCUUUACCUUAAAAGGAAAAGGAAGAUGAAGCUAUAAAGCCGUCUACGAUGCAGACGAACAGAACUCAACUGAAAUAUUAACUCCACCAGAAACGUCUAUGAACAUCACCAUGACUGUGCGCCGGUCCCGUUAGUGCCCUGUCACCAUCACUACACUGGAAGUCUGAGGGAUUGAGUCGGUUUAGAGGUCUAGGUUUAGCCCUGCUAAAAAAAACCCCCACACACAAUAGAAACCCUCAUAGAAUUUGUAAUGGUUAUAAUAGAAAUUGUAUUGGUUUUAAUGUAAACUGUAAUGGUCCCUGUGGGUCCCUACAGGUAAUUUGUAGCCUUCUGUUGGUGGCAUGUUAUGCCUAGUGGAUACCAUUAAGGACCAAUAGAACUCCUUUGAAUACCUUGGUAAUGGUUUUAAUGCUUAACAGCUGAUGGUUUGUAAUGGUAUUUGUAGUGGAUACCAUUAGAAUUUCUGUGAUGGUUUCUAUUGUUUUUUUGUUUGUUUGUUUUCAGCAGGACAACCAAGCAGAAAAAGAAUCUGAUGGAAAAUGAUCAUUCAAAUUAUAAUUUGAAUUGUAUAAAAUUGAUAAGUUCUUGAAUGAUGUACAUGUAGUAACACAGAUUAUGUAAAAGUGGUGGUAACUUGAACGAUGCACCAUUAAGACACAAUUUCCCUUUUUAAAACAAAGUACAAACUGUUUCAAACGUAACAGAAGUAAUAAAAAAAAAACUUAAUAUCUAAAAUAUUUAACGUUUCAUGUGCUACAACUGGGUUUUAUACAGCAGCUCCUUUCCUCUGCAAGCUAGUAAGCAAGCUAGCUAAAUGUCAUGCUAGCUCAUUAGCAGUUAUGUCAUUAGCCUUUAGAGAACUUUAAAAAAUAAUACUAAGUUUCAUAUAUGCAUUCUGUAUUUAUUAUUAGAGUUUACAGAAUAAUUUAUCUAUAUUUAUACAUCAGUGACACUUUGUGUGUACUGAAUAAACAACUUUCUGAGAAAAAAAUCCAUUCACUUUGUCAUUCGUUUGCUAAUUCUUCCUGAAGCAAACAUUUAUUUUGAGUUUAAUCUUUCUGUACGCUAAAAUAUUAAUAUUUGUCCAUGUAUAUGUUUUUUUUUAAACAAAAAUAAUCGGGAAGCUUAGUGGAGAACGUUUUGAAACAAAACCUCUCGUUUAGUUUAAUA